AGUACGCUCUCAGUAGCUCGCGGCAACGGACGGAGUUUCGCGGGCUAGUUGACGCAGGGCUGACGCACCACCAAAGUUUGUAAUCUUAGGUUUUGUUUGUGUGCGUGAAGCAACAGUCGCGAUCGUUCGAUAGAAAGGGUAGACGGGUUUUGUUGUUUACACGCAUUUCGCGGCCACAGACACAAUAGACACUACCUGCGGAUCGAUCGCCUAGCGCGAGCACGCACACCCAUACACAUGCAUCGCGUGCACGCGUCAAGGUGUUUGUGUGAAGCAAAACAGUCAUCUGGGAAAGCCCCGAAAGCACGUAAUUGGCACGGUGGCUAACCGCGUUGGGGAAAGGCACACGCAGAACAAAAACAAGUCGAGGCCUAUUCGCGCGUUGAGCAGAGGCAGACCGGACCACGGGAACGCAUUACGUCGUGCGAAGUAGUACGGCGACAGCACCACGCAGCCACCGGACAGUUUUACGCAUCUCGUCGCUCUUCUAACGUACUACGCCAUCAGUGAAACCGGUUACCAUUCGACGUACCCCACAGACGAUAAGCGACGUCCGCGAUCGUCCGGAUGUGGUUAAGCGUGUGUGUUCGUGUGUUUAUGUGUUGCUGUGCGUCAAGUGAAUGCAGCCUCUCUUCUUCUCGCUCACCGACUCUACGCCAUAUCUCGGAUCUUUGAUCACUCGACUCAUCAACAGCCAACAUACACACUGAACCAGGGCCAAAGAUCCUGACGUAGUGACAUUUUUCCGCUGUACUACUAUAGAGCGAUAGAGGAAUCACAGCCAUCUUCGAUUUAUUGAUCGACAAGAUCCCGUUACGGAAUGAACAAUUUUGCACUGCUGUCGAAAGAAUAACAGCCAUGUUUUAAAAUGGCAGCAGUUUCCGUUUCCAUUUGCAGCUUUCAAACCACACGUCAUUCAACCUAAACCCAUUCUCAUCUAUGCAAUCGUUUACAAAUGUCCAUUUAUGCAUCUGAUUUGUGUGUGCUUGUUGGGACCGACCAUGACUACUGACAUUGUCUCAUUACAUCGACUACAGUAUAGAACCACUACCACUACUACAGAAUGACGACAAUGCCAGAAUGGUUGGCAAAUAUAUUCAUAUACAAAGGAAACAUACGCGUCAACCUAGAUCAGGGAGAAACAAUAUUCACUCAACAUCAACUCUACCAUCCACCCCGCCAUCCUCCUCGAUGGGUUCCGUCUGGGUGUGCUGUCUGAGCCUGCUGGUCUUACUGACAGCACAAGUCAGCGGCAAUGACUGCACCGUGGAAAAGCACUCUGACUUAGUAUCGAAAGCGAAAUGUCCAGGAUUCAACGUUCAACUUACACUGCACACAAACCCUCGCCAGCUGGAGGUGACCUGUUCCGACAAACCCGACUUUCAACUGCUUAAAAACAUCCAAAACCUACCCAACUUCAAGUUUGAAGAGCUGGCUUAUCAAAACUGCCCACUCCCGGUAGGCAAUCAGUCGCUCGUAGAUCUGCUCUCGGCCUUUCUCGAUCGCACCCAACUUUCCUCGAUCCGCAGGCUUUUCUUCGUCGACAAUGCUAAGCUUUCGGGACAGGUCACGCUCGAUCCGCAACUAUUUGCCGAUCUGCCCGCACUGCAGGUGCUGUCGAUGAAAAAUUCUUCCCGCAUGCCGCUCGACAAUCCGGAACUGUUCAAGUACUUGCAGAGCCUAACGUGGAUCGAUCUGCGAGAAGGCGAUGGUGGCAGUCGCAACUCAAAAGUGUUGCUACACACACUGACUCAGUUGACCACGCUCGAGUUGACGGAAAAUGAGCUCACCACACUACCAACUGAGCUGAUCACCGAUUUGCCCAGCCUCGGAUCACUAACGUUGUACCAUAAUAAGUUGGAGCGUAUCGAACAGUUUGCUGACCUCCCGAAUCUCACUUCACUUGAUCUAACGUAUAACGAGCUGGAUACCCUGCAAGAGGACGUGUUUUAUAAGCUGCCGAACCUUACACACCUGUUCCUCAAUUCGAACAAGCUCACAAGCCUACCUUCCGGGCUGCUCAAGCGUAACACCAAGCUUAUAGUGUUUCGGGCAGACAACCAGCAUGGCUCCGGGCUUGUACUGGGAGAUGAGCUGUUCGCAGGACUAACGAUGCUUGAGGACGUCUCUGUAUCAAACUGUAAAUUGACAACACUGCCGGAAGGACUCUUUACCGCGGCUAGCAAGUUAACCAAACUCGACGUCAGCGACAACAAGCUUCAAAGCCUCCCGGAAAAUUUAUUGCGUCAUUCAUCCAUCUUGAAGGAGCUCUAUUUACAGCACAACGAGUUAAUCAAUAUGUUGCCAGACACCCUGCUGCAGAGUACCAAUAAGCUACGCAUUCUCAACCUUGGUCAUAACAAACUAACAACAUUGAGCAAAUAUCUACUGGAUUCUAAAAACUCUUUGGAGGAGUUGCAUCUUGAAUAUAACCAGCUCUAUAUGAUCGAUAGGGAUGCGUUCAUAUCUCAGGCACAGUCACUAAAAAUGCUCAAUCUUAGCCACAACCAAGUGGCACUGCAUGUAAAUGGUACAGAUGUAUUUUACCUCGACGGUAAAACAUAUUAUAUAUCCCAGACACCGUUCUACAUCCUGGCUCAAUUGACCGACCUGGACCUUUCGUACAACGCCAUUAUCAAAAUAUUUGGAGACUUUAAAGGCUUCAUGGGAAACCUUCAAUCUCUAGACCUGUCGCAUAACUUAAUCAUGAACAUUAGCGAUAAAGAUUUUUCAUUUCUGUCGCCUAAAAUUGAAAAGGUCAAUUUGGAAUCAAACCGGAUUACCAUGUUCACUUUCAAUGACAGUAAAAAAUCUACCUUCAGUAAUAGAUCUAUAAAUACUCCAAGACAAAUCCUUCUUGCAGAUAAUUCACUCAACUGUGACUGUAUUUCCUCGUCGCUAGUAACUUAUCUUCAAGAUCAAUUGAAUGCCGGUAAAUUCGUCCCGCUAAAGGGACUUCAUUGCGCUCAGCCUCCCGAGCUGCUUGGACGUAAACCGCAAGACCUGUCCCUCGAGGAUCUGCUAUGUAAAAUUGAUGUAUCCUCUGGUUUCUGUCCGACCGAGUGCAAAUGCUACAAACGAGCCGUAGAUCAGGGUGCUAUUGUAAACUGCACCGCUGCUAAUCUAACCCGAGUGCCUGUUAUCAAAAGCCCCUCGAUCGUCGGUCGAAAUAUGAUCGAGCUGUAUCUGGAGCAGAAUAUGAUAAAGGAGCUAUCCAACGUGGGUGAAGGGUGGAAUACCAUUCGCCGACUUAACAUAGCAAACAACAGCUUCACCACUCUGCCUGGAGAUAGUUUGCCCGAACAGCUCGAGCUUCUCGAUGUCUCUGGCAAUCAAUUGACCGAGGUCGACGCAGCCUUCAUAAUCAAGCUGAAUCAUACCGCUCUCCGAAACAUCAGCCUGUCAGCGAAUCCUUGGGAUUGCCACUGUGAAAAUCCACUGCUUGCGUUCGCCGUCGAUAAUGCAGCACGCAUUACUGGCUACUCUACCCUCCAGUGCUCCGACGGUCAACCGAUCAACUCGGCUACACUAAAUGAUCUGUGUGCUUGGCCGACAACGCUUAAAUUUUAUAUCAGCGCGGCAGUUUCACUGGUACUUGCUGCCUGCUUACUCGCCAUCUGGUUGUACAUGAAAUACAGCCUGGAGAUCAAAGUGUGGCUCUUCAAGCAUAACUUGCUGCAGUGGUUGGUCACGGAGGAGCAAAUCGAUAUGGAUAAGCGAUACGAUGCAUUCAUUUCAUACUCGCACAAGGAUGAGGAGUUCGUCACAGACCAGCUGUUACCGAGGCUUGAGAGCGAAGAGCUCAACUUCAAAAUCUGCUGGCACGUGCGUGACUUUAUGCCGGGCGAGAUGAUUGCCACCCAGAUAACGAAAGCGGUCGAGGAUUCACGACGCACCAUUAUCAUCCUCUCGCUCAACUACCUCGAGUCUGUGUGGGGUCAGAUGGAGUUUAACACUGCGUACUUACAGUCGUUGGAGGACAAGCGCAACCGCGUCAUUCCCAUCAUCUACCAGGAUAUUGGCGAUAUCGAUCAGCUCGAUCCGGAGCUCCGGGCAUACCUCAAAACCAACACGUACGUCCGCUGGGACGAUCCGUGGUUCUGGGACAAGCUGCACUACGCCAUGCCCCACAAGCGCCGGCCGAAGGGUGUGCAGGCAACCGACAACAUGCGCAUGGCGUCCGUGGACAAACUAAAUCUACUGAAAGCACCGGCCAUCAUGACACCGGCGUCAUCCGAAACCACACCGCCUGUCGAACAUGCCGAAAAGGGCAUUGCGCACGACGGUCCACUAGGUUGCUAUGGUGACCCUUCUAAAACUUCUACGAUGCCGCCAUUCAUCAUCAGCAAUGGCAUGUCCAACUAGUGCUUACUUUUCCCUAUUUUCAAGGGUGUUGCGUCCAAUCAACAAAAGAACAUUACUUUUGUGCAGCUAAUUUACGGCAUCUUAUUCUUACAACUUGACUAGCAUACAGCAAAAUGAUAUUGGACGGAGACAAAAUCUCAUUAUGAAAUAUGGAGGACUAAUGAAAUGUUUUUUUUUUUGUAAAUAGGUGCUAUAACUCACAACCCUGCUGGCAUCUAAUAAAUAGUGAUAACUUUUUUUUUACUUAAUCUUUAUACUUUUUUUUAGUAAUAAAAGAAAUCC